AUGUACGCUGCCGGUGUCUACGACUAUGACGAGGCUCUUGGACUUGUGGUGUUCAGCAACGCAUGUGGCAAGCUCGCUAUCUUCAACUUGAGCGCAUUGUGUAAUGCUUCACUUGAGGGGUGUUUUGAGGCCUUUCCUAUACCUUACGAUGAUAGAAGGCAUGAAGUUGAGGUUGUACCUGAAACAAUGAUUCCAGCUACGUUUGCACCCCCAUUCCCAUACUUGGGACCUCUGAUACUGCCUCAGGAGUAUGCUGACGCUCUCUGUGCACAAUGGAAGGCAAGGCAGCCUGAUCCAGUGCCCCAGCAAUGGGAAGAACCCGAUAUUCCAGAGAACGACCAGGAAGUCCUCAGCUGGUUCAGCUGGAAAAACUUGAUCCCUAAGAUCCCUGACGGCAUGAUGGAUAUUGGUUGGCAUAUGGAGUAUGCCUACCACUGCAUAGGAUCACUUGUGCCGCUUAUAAAGGAUGAUCGGUAUUUGCUAUUCACCACGGGCGAUCUUCUACUCGUGUGGGAAUACGACACGCGCACCCUGGAGGUAGUCUCACCUAGUGUUGCCGCGAAUGAGCCAUGA